AUGUCCCGGCGUUUUCCUCCGGGCGCGCCGGGCCGCGAACCCAGGCCGUCUGAGGCGGAGUCCACCCCGCGCCGCGUGAGUCAGCGCCGGAGCAGCCCGAGCGGCGCGCGGCGAGCGUCGACCCCAGAAGAGCGCGGCGCCCGCCCGCCGCAAUUUUGUGGUCUUCCCUUGAAACGAACUCUCAAGGCCAAACAAGUCAACAACCUAAACUCGGGCCCGGGCGAGCCGCCGUGCCGAGCGGAGCGGAGCGGAGCGGUGCGGUGCGGCGGGGUGGGGCGGGGCGCAGCAGCAUGCGCUCAGCAGCCCCCCUCCACUUCGCUCCACUCCACGCCGCUGCGCUUCCCGGUGGCCGGGAGGGAGGGCAAGGCUUGCUGGCCGUUGCGGAAGCCUCUGUUUCUUGUUUAUUGGUGCGAAUUAAGAGCGUGCUUCGGGCACCCUGAGUACCAGCGGCAGCUGAAGCAGUGCCAGCAGCGGGCCGCCGCGGGACCCAUCAACAUCCCGCCGCGCGCCUUCGGCUGGGGCUCCACCGCGUCGUCGCCGACGUCGCCGCAGAAGCACCUGAAGCUGAGCCCUCGAUCGGCCGCGGCGGCCGCCGGCAUGGCGCACCACCCGCACCACCCGCACCACCCACACCACCCGCACCAUCCACACCACUUCCCGUCGCUGUCGCUGUCGGCGCCCAACAAGCUGCCGGGCAGCCCGACGCGCAAGCUGCGCGGCGACACCAAGAAGUGCCGCAAGGUGUACGGCAUGGAGCACCGCGAGCUGUGGUGCACGCAGUGCAAGUGGAAGAAGGCGUGUACCCGCUUCGGCGACUAAGCGCCGACCGCCGUCGCCACCGCUGACGUCGUCGUCGUCGCCGCCGCCGCCGCCGCCGCGUCGCGACGCGUCGCGCCGCCACCGACGACGUCCCCGACGAAGCCACGCGCGUCGCCUCGCGUCGCGUCGCGCCGCCGCUCGAGGCAGGAGAGUUCCGAAGGAAGCGAGCGAGGAAAGAAGGAAGGAUGGGAAGCAAAAGGAGGAGGGCGGACGAGGGGCGAGGGACGAUGGCGACGG